UACGCGUCCGCUAGGCUAGCUUGCUUCCCACUUCCCAGGCCGUGCGAUGGAGCCCAAAACCCGGGCUGCCGCCGAGGAGAAGCUCGUCCAGCAACUCUGCAGCGAGCUCACCUGCGCCUGCGCCCUCGCCCAUCCUGUCCCCGCCCACAGCGCACAGCCUCCCACCGACGGCGCCGGCGCACAGCCCUCCACCGACGGCGCCGGCGCACAUCCUCCCACCGCCGGCGCACAGCCUCCCAUCGACGGAGCCUGCGCUGUCGUAACCGAUAACCACCCUGCUCCUGUUGUCACUAAUCUGUCGCCCACAGCCUUCCUCGCCACCCUCCGCCAGGCCGCCGUGGACGCAUCAUCUGUCAUCGGCGAGUUCGCCCAAGCAAGACUUCUCAGCUUCUCCCGCGCGUUCGCCCGGGGCUGGGGCCCCGCUGGCCCUGGCAGGUACGAGCGUCGUUCCGUCCAGGAGCUCGUUGACGACAAGAUCUACCCCGACCUCAACCUUCCAGCAGAAGAUGACCCGGAGGAGGCGUUGGAGAGGAGGCGCAAGCGCAACGUUUCCUCCUCCAAUCUUGUCGGCGCGGACGGUGCCAUCGCCGGGCCAAGUAAGAGGAUGAGAAACCAGUGCCUCUCGCCACCCUACAUCAUCGAUCUCGACCCGGAGGAUGAUGAGCUAGCUGGUUCGAAGGUGGCUGCUGCCGCGGCCGAGGAUUCUGCUCCCAAACAAGCUGCUACGUUAGGAGAGGAGCAGGAUCCGCUACAAGCAGACGGUGGAUCCCAAACCGCAACGGUGAAUGACGGGGCUGAUGGUGCUGCUCCCAUGCAAAUACAAGCUGCAAUCUCAGGAGAGGAUCAGCACAUAAGGAAGAGACUCGAGGAGCUGAUCUCCAAGGUGGAACACCAAGCCACCAGGCCGUUCCCGGGGCACUAUCGGGGCAAGUUGAAUUGGUUUCGAUCACAGGUUACCAAGUACCGAGGAUCUGCUGUGGAGACAUCAGGGAAUGUUGGAGGCUCUCUAUCUGGCCAACCUGCAAGCAGAUAUUAUGACGCGGGUACUGUGGGUGCAUCGGAGUUGCAAUCUCAUAUGAAUGUCACAAGUGCCCAACCAGAAGAAAGAAGGCCUGAAAUUGGUACAGAAGCAAUCGCAGCUACAAUGCCACAACAGGAGCAGAACCAAGAAGACGGUAGACCUCGGCUUAGCCAGGCUGAAAUCAUGAAGAGAGUCGACGAGCUGGUCUCAAAGGUGAAAAACCAAACCAGCCGGCCCAGGCCGUUGCCGAAACACUAUCUCGGCAAGUUAUAUUGGUUUCGGUCUCAGGUUGCCAAGGACCAUGGAUCUGCUGUGGAUACGUCAGCUAAUAUUAGCAGUGCUUUAUCUAACCCACCUGCAAGCGACGAGGGUACUGUGGGAGAAACGGAGUUGCCCUCUCAAAUGAAUGUCGCAAGUGCCCAGCCAGAAGAAAAAAUGCCGGAAAUUGGUACAUCCACAAUUGCAGGUGGUUUGUCUCCGAUGCAUGAAGAUGGAGGCAUGUCUUCACAGCCUGCAGCCGGAAAUGAAGACAGGGAAAGUGAGGACGUGCAUGCUGUUCCAGGAUCUAAUGCUUCUUUGCAGGAGAUGGUGUCCGAUGUCAUACCCACGAUUCCUCAAACCUCGCCCGCCAGGGAGGGUCAGCUCGGCAUCGCUAGCCCGAGGGGGGAACCAGACGACCUGGAUGGGGUACAUAACGAUCUGGACGAGAUGCAACCUGGGCCAUCUAGCUCCGCGAGUGUUCCUCCGUAGCUCCGGUUUCUCCGUAGAUUGUUAGUGACCUUGCUGGUCUAUACAUUAAUUCUGGCUACCUUUUGUUUAAUGGACCUAUUGCUUGUUUCUAGUCGAUAACUAUAUGUU